ACAACAAAAUAUAACAAAAAUACUCCCACUAGAUUAGAGAAGAAAAUCAGAAGAAAGAUAAAAUAUCGUGACAAAAUGAAAUUCGUUUGUAACGCUUCAAUGUUAGGCUUAAUUGUAGUUUUAGUAUUAAAUAUAGAGUUAAGAGGAGUAGAGGCACAGACACGUGAUCCAAGAUUUUACUCCAGAGUGGGUGUUAAUGAUUAUCAAUGGCCAAAUCCUGGAGAUCCUGAUUACAGAACAUAUACAUUCAAUGAUCGGCGUUAUGGACACUAUCAGCCGAAUGGCUAUGGCGACAAAUAUCCUGGCAGAAAUCCACCUGGCCAGUAUCCACAGGGCAUGCCAAAUGAAGAUCGAUUUCGUUUCGAUCCGAACAAUCCCAAUGAGGGACAAAUACCAUUUCCUGGUAUAUUGGCUGGUUGGCGUGAAGAUUUACAAGGUAAACAGCGACGUGAUUCUUUAACAUUGGAGCGUGAUGUUUUUGUCACCACUAAUUAUGGUCAGGUGCAAGGCUUCAAGGUGUACAUGUAUGAUAAUCCAGAUCCGAAAUCAUUUUAUCGACCAUAUCAUUCGACUGUGGAUCGUAGCAUGGGUGAAUGUUCUGUAUUUUUGGGUAUCCCAUAUGCCAUGCCACCAACAUUCGAAGGGCGUUUUAAGCCACCUCGAUUGCAUAGAGGCUUUCAAUUGCUGCAAGCUGUUGAUUUUGGGCCGGCAUGUCCUCAGCCGGUACGUUAUACAGGUGCUACCAAAGGCAUUAUGGAUAUGGAUGAAGAUUGUUUAUAUUUGAAUAUUUAUUCACCAAAGACCGGUGCUGGGGUGGCUCAAAAAUAUCCGGUAAUGGUUCACAUACAUGGCGGUGAUUUUGUACGUGGAGCUUCAAACCUUUUCCAAGGUCACAUCUUGGCAUCAUUUUAUGGUGUUGUGGUUGUUACAUUCAAUUAUCGUCUGGGAGCACUUGGUUUCCUUUCGACAGGCGAUGAAAAUUCACCCGGAAACUAUGGUAUACUCGAUCAAGCAAUGGCCCUAAAAUGGGUUUAUGAUAACAUUGAAUUUUUCAAUGGUGAUCGUGAUUCGAUAACGCUUUUUGGAUCUGGAGCUGGUGCAGCAUCGGCUGGAUUACUUAUGGUAGCUCCACAGACUAAACAUAUUGUAAAACGUGUUAUAGCUCAAUCUGGAUCGGCAUUAGCUGAUUGGGCUUUAAUUCAGGAUAAAUAUAGAGCUCAAAAUACAAGUCGCGUUUUUGGCCAGUUGUUAGGCUGCUCACUGGAAUCCUCAUGGAAAUUAGUGAAUUGUCUAAGAACCGGAAGAAGUUUCUAUGAAUUGGGCAAUGCGGAAUUUCCACCCGAUGUGGGCACCUUCCCAUGGGGUCCUGUAUUGGAUCAUAAUUUUACUGUACCCGGUGAUGAUUGGUAUGAUGGUUGGCGUGAAAAAGAUUGGCGUUUCCUUAUAGAUACUCCACUGAAUUUAAUACGCCAAGGAAAAUGCAAUAAAGGUAUACAAUAUAUGACAGGUGUUACAACACAGGAAGCAGCAUUUUUUGUUUCGCAAAAUGAAUCGUUGGCACCGUAUUUUGAAAUUGAUAAUAAAUUUUUCGAACAAAAAAUACGAGAACAUGUUUUCCGUUACAAUUACACACUGAAUCCGAAUGGGGUAUACGAAGCCAUUAAGUACAUGUACACCUAUUGGCCAGAUCCAAAUAAUAGCACCAUUAUAAGAGAUCAGUAUAUAAAUAUGUUGUCCGACUUUUAUUAUCGAGCUCCAGUAGAUCAAAUGGUCAAAGUGCUGUUGGAACAAAAAGUACCUGUCUAUAUGUAUGUUAUGAAUACUACGGUGGAGGCUUUAAAAUUACCCGAAUGGAGAAAAUAUCCACAUGACAUUGAACAUUAUUUCUUGACCGGUGCUCCGUUCAUGGACGUGGAGUUCUUUCCCAAAAGUGCCCAUCUCGAAAGAAAUAUGUGGACAGACAAUGAUCGUAAUAUGAGUCAUUUCUUUUUACAAACAUUUUCGAAUUUUGCACGAUAUGGUCACCCUACUCCUCAACAAGUUUUGGGUUUACAUUACGAACGUGCCUAUCAGGGUGAAAUUCGUUACUUGAAUAUCAACACAACUUAUAACUCGUCGAUAUUACUAAAUUAUCGCCAAACUGAAAGUGCCUUUUGGACACAAUACUUGCCAACAGUAAUUGGAGUCUUUGUUCCGACAUAUCCACCCACCACUGAAUUCUGGUGGGAACCAAAGGAACCGCUACAAAUAGCAUUUUGGAGUAUGUCUGUAGCGUGUUUCUUUUUGAUCGUUUUAGUUUUUAUCUGUUGCAUUAUGUGGAGAAAUGCCAAGAGACAAUCUGAUCGUUAUUAUGAUGAAGAUGUAUUCAUUAAUCACGAUGGCACCGAAUACGAUCAUGAAUCUCGAACUACCGGUGUUGAUAAUACCAAUUUAGCUGCAAAUCAUCAGGUGAUGCGAUCACGUGACAACCUCUACGAAUAUCGAGAUUCUCCAUCAUCGAAAACGUUAGCCAGUAAAGUCCUAACGGAUACCACAUCAAUACGAUCUCCCAGUUCAUUGGCCACAACACAAAAAACAAGUGGCAGUCAAUCUUCAUUGAAAUCUGCAAUAUCGCUUAAGGAAAGCAAUGGCGGUGGUACUCUAUCGCCAUACUCGCGACCUCCACGUAGUGAAGCUACUGUUGCACCAGCAGCACGUGUAAUAACGAAUGGUGUUGCGGUUGCUUCUUUGAAUCAACCUAAAUCAGUGGAGGAGAAACGUUUAUUACAACGUGAACCCAUACCAUUGUCAUCUACACCCGUUCCCGUGGAACCAACUUAUAAGCCGGCAUCAAAACCAUUACCCAGCAGUCGAAGUACAACACCUGUACCAAGUGCCCGUUCGACAACGACAACUACAGCCACAUUGUCUUCCGGCAUAAAUGUUCAACCAUUGGUUGGUAUUUCGAAAUCACAAUCCCGUACUCAAGUUAUAGAAGGUGUGCCGCAAACAUCUGUAUAAGAAAUCGCUCUCUAAAUAUUACAAUAUCAGAUAAAGUAUCAUCUAUAGAUAUUUUUUCCGCUACUGUUACAUUUAGAGAGGGAGA